AGUUGUGACAUUUCAGGACAGUCAUGGGAAUGGUGUGUGUGUGAUGUGUGGGGAGUUACAGUUGUGUUAAACAGUGUGUGUGAUCAGGAUAAAGAUGUCCGUGUGGAGAUGGAGACUCCUCAGACUCGGGGACGCGCUGCUCAACACGGCGGCUGCGGUUUCACCCCGAACCGGAGCAGGAGCAGCACCGGCAGGUGGCACUUUUCUUCAGGGUGUGAGGACGGUGAAGACGUCCACAUGGUGGGAUGAACAUCUGACUGAGGACGGGGCGGAGUUCCUGAGGAGGGAGGUGGGGGAGGAGUACCGAGAGCUCACCGCGGCUAAUCUCAGCCCUCUGAAGGACGACCCCUGGCCCCGCCCCGCGUGGGAGGACCAGAGCCGCAGGGUCGGGCUGGUGGCCGUGAAGCUGGGGAUGAUGCCGGUGUGGACCAGGUCAGGAGAGCGCCAUGUAGUGACCAUGCUGCAGGUGCAGGACUGCCAUGUGAUUAAACACAUACCUAAAGAUCUGUAUGAUGGCAGGUCGGCUGCUCUGGUCAUCGGCGGGAAAAACGUCUCUCCCUUUCAUAGAUCAGAGAAGUACCUGGAGACGUUCCAGAACGCUGGAGUUCCCCCUAAACAAAAACUCGCCACAUUCAGAGUCACAGAAAACGCCAUCAUCAAACCAGGAACUCCUCUGUACGCUGCACACUUCCGUCCAGGACAGUACGUGGACGUCACAGCCAAGACGAUUGGGAAGGGGUUCCAGGGUGUGAUGAAGCGCUGGGGUUUCAGUGGCCAACCUGCUACUCACGGCCAAACCAAAACACACAGGAGACCUGGUGCUCUGGGACCAGGAGGGGAUCCUGCUAAAGUCUUCAAAGGGAAGAAGAUGCCCGGCAGGAUGGGAAACAUUUACGACACAGCGUUUGGCCUGAAGGUUUGGAGAGUAAACACCAAAAAGAACAUCAUGUAUGUGAACGGCUCUGUACCUGGCCACCGGAACUGCAUGGUGAAGGUGAGAGACACGGUUCUUCCUCGACACCAGGAGAAGAACAGGAACCCUCCGUUCCCCACGUACUUCAGAGACGGAGACGAGGAGCUCCCAGACGACCUGUACGCAGACGACAUGUUCCAGUUCGGGGAGGCUCUCCCUGAGUGAGACCCCACCCCCCCACACACUGUAUGUGUACUGAGAGUUUUGCUGAAGGACUGAGAUGAUUAACACACACCUCUGUGCAGCGCUCUGACCCGACACACCCUGCUGUUUGUAAAUCUUAUCAUUAAAAUCCUGUUUUUCAUACAAA